CUUCCACGGAUCCAGCACUGUUGAGGACGGUUUUCCGGUUACCUCCAUGUGAUCCUGACCAGGUUUUCCGGCUCCAUCACAGACACCUCCGUGUAGGCGUUACCGACCGGUUUGCCUCCGUAACAGCAACUAAGCAACCACCAAACCAGCAGGUUAGUCAACAGUGAGUGCAAGUCAUCCUGACUACUACAGUUUUAUCAGUCAGGGGUUGGACCUCAGUCUGUUAGCCUGCUGUUAGCCUACAGGUCCAGUCUCAGUCAGUGACACGGUGCUAGCUGUCACUUCUUUUAACUGACUCUGAUUAGCAGCCUGCUAGCUUGCUAGCGAAAACCACAUGGAUCCUCAAAACACUGACACGAACACUGAGGCGAAGAUGAUGAUGAGCCAUGCUAAGACCCUCAGGCUCCACACCGGGAAUUUAGUCAGCAGAAGCUGCCUGAAAAAGAAAUGCCCGGGCUCUCCCAGCGAGGAGCUCCAAGACUGCAUUCAAGCAACACUGAGCGACUGGUUUUCUGCAACAAAACCAACAUCUAAGGAUUUUCCGGACACACUGGACUGCUCAGUUCUCCAAGGAACAGAUGCUAUCACACCUGAGGAGAGGGAGGAGUUAAAGGUCUCAGCUAAGCUGUUCCUGUGUGAGUCGGUCCAGUCUUCUAUCAGAGAUGCAGUAGAGAUGGCCUGUCAGACACUCGCUGUGUCCCAGCUUGACUCCGUUAUCAUCGCACCACCCGGGCCCCUGGAGGGAGACAGCCAGACAUUAGCCCACCUUCAGCCAGCCUGGGAGGAGUUGGAGGCUCUGGUCAGAAGCCAAAAAAUUGCUGCCAUCGGCACCUCUGACCUGGACAAAGACCUGCUGGAACAGCUCUACAACUGGGCUCAGGUGAAGCCCAGCAGUAAUCAGGUGAACCUGGCCUCUUGCUGCGUCAUGCCCCCUGACCUCACAGCCUUUGCCAAGGAGUUUGACAUUCAGCUACUCACACACAAUGAUCCCAAAGAGCUGAUGUCGGCAGCUACAUUCCAGGAGGCAGUGAAGGGGGGCCUUCAGGACCUGAAGGACCAGGACAUCAGCGACUGGAGGCUGGAGUGGGUCCUUCGCUACUCCAUUAUUGUCAAGAGCAGAGGCAUCAUAAAGGCAAAGGGUUACCUUGUCAGUGCAAGAAGGGCAAGCCCCUAGCAAUACCCUGCUGCUUUAGAAGAAGACCCAUGGAUGAAGCCAUUUUCCUCCUUUCUCAUCUUCAAACACAAAACAUGGAAAUUAACAGCUCUGGGUCAUGGAUUGUGUCCUUAAGUCAUUGUUAAAUCUGUCUGAUAAGGUCGUCUAUGACUAUCAAAAGCAGGUGUUCAUUGCCAUCAUCUCAGUCAAUAAAAACCAGGGCCUGAUGGGGAACUAUCACUCCAGUGUCAGUUUUCAGAGAAAUGACAGGUUAAGUGGCAGUCACAGAUGACAAGCACAUUGGAAAUUCAAUCUAACAGCUCAGCAGAGGCUGCUUUAAUAAUGGAAAACGUUGGUUUGCAAAGUUUGGUCCGUUGUCAGUGGUCCUUACACUUAAUCUGACUUGAAGUGCCUCUCCUCUCUACUAUCCUCAUUCCCAUUUUUUCGACAGUGUCUGUGUAAAGCAAGCUUUAAUGUAUCACUUAUGAGUUGGUAAGGCGAAAGAAAGAAAGAGAAUCAUUGUUCAUUACAUGAAAAAUUACUAAAAAAAAGAUUUUAUUAUAAUGAUUUUCUUUGCUGUAAAUAACACAGUUUGCAUUCCUCAGUUUAGUUAAAUUAUGCACUAAUUAGAAUUCACCCUCUUGCAAGAUGUUUAUUUUAUGAUACUGAUCUGCUUUGACUUUUGACUUGUAAAGCAGCAACUUGUGUGGCUAGAUCUAACUUUAAUUGUGUCAUACAUUUUUUUCCUACCAUUUGCUCGUUUGCAUGAAGCGUUAAAAUGUUUACUCACCCUAUGCUUAUGAGAUUAUAUAAGGGUGGAUGGUACAGCAAUAUUGACAUGCACAGCAGGCCUCAGUCCUCUGUGUGCAUUUUUGUUGUAGCACUGGAAACUCCGUGCAAAAGAGAUGUGAAAAUUUGUCAACUCCGAGAAAGACAUUUUUAUUUAAGAAUCAUGGCUGUUUUCUAGACAGAUUAGAGUCAAUCAACAAAGACAAAAAUGUCUGUUGUACUGUAAACGUAUUUUAUGUUGUCAUUUAUCUGUAUAUCAUGAAUUGGCUUUAGAAAAUAAUUAAACAGUUCACCUUCUUAA